GGGGGUGGCUUGAGGGAGGCGAGGGAGGCGGAGCGGGUCUUGUGUGAUGCCCAACACUGAGCAGCGAACACUCGGGCAUCAGUGCGACACCAGAACUUGAUCAGAUGUGGAGCCGCGUGUGGGUGUUGUCUGCACUGGCUGCCUCUGCGGCGGUGACGGCAACCAACGAUGUAUUCCCGGAGGAGGAGCCCGACGCACCCCCGCCCCUGCCACACCCAGGCGCCCACCGCAGGUCCCACAACGACGUCUUUCCCCUGGAGGAGGAGAGUCUAGACGUGCCUCGCCUCCGACACGCCUCCAGGCACCAUAAGGUCCACAACAUCGUGCUUCACCCGCAGAACUCCAUGUGUGAACUGAAACCCAUCCGCCAGAUUGUCACCCACGCCCUCUGCACAUCCAAGGAGAUGGAGAACAACGUGUGUGUAGGCACGUGCUUCAGCUACACUGUCCCCCAGACGGAGCCAGAGACCCCUGGUGACGAAAUGCUCGACUACUGCGACUCAUGCCAAGCUUCGGAGUCUCACUGGACCACGAUCCAGCUGGAUUGCGAGGAGUAUGGCAACACGUACCAAGUCACCAAGAAGAUCCAGAUGAUCACAAACUGCUCCUGCUCGGCUUGCCACCCCAGAGGACAGCAGACCACCACGGACAACGAAGUCACCUACCCGUCUAACGAACCUCGUGUGUCUGAACCCUUCUUCAAGAUGCUGCCAGAGUCCUUGCAGCGGCCUAAUUUGAACCCGGAGCUAGAAUUCACGAGAACUUCCCUCGAUGAGCUCCGUAAGGCACUCAUCCUCGACCCGCACCACGAGCAAGGGCCCCAUGGGAAGGUGGUCUUCAAGUUACCUCCAGCUUUCAACAAUAACGAGGACGAGGAGGAUCCAAAUGUCGUCAUGUCCUACUAGAGAGGAUACUGUUUAUAUUACCCUAACCUCCCAUGCCUUCGCUACAUUCUUUACGUCUUUCUCCUGCUCUCAAGAGGCUAUUUCUAUUCCCGUUCAUUAUUCCCCACAUUAUCGAAUCAAAGGAAACUUAUUCAUGCUUCUCACAUCAAUUCUUCGCGGCUCCUGGCGUGCCGGAAGCCUCGACACGGCCUGCACAACCCUCACACUGCCUACAUGAGAGACACUUAACAGUAUUUUCAUGUUAUAGGGAGAGACAGCAUAGCAUAGCCAACAUCCCUAACACGCUCAUUCUAUCCCCUCCUUUCUCCCUUUCUAGAAAACAAAUCUUCAAUAUAUUAUUAUGUAUUACACGCGAUAUCUUUUGCAUAACAUGUACGUAGAUUCAUAUGUGCCAUGAAUCAUCAUCUCAAGGUGGUGUUUUGAAGAGAACAGCAAGAAGUGACUGCUUCCCAUGGAGUCAGUGUUUGGUGACAGGCUGGUGGUGCUAAACUCAAAGCUAAUCAUCAAUAAGUCAACGUUUUCACCCUUUACUUCAAGUCUUCAUGUAUGAAAUAAUCUGCAACGAGAUCAAUACUAACCGAAGUUUUCUUUCCACAGCGUAUAAGGGAAACAAAAUGAUAAAGAGUAAUAUGCUAGAUGGAUAUUCAAACAAACAGACAAAUAAGACAUAGUACCAAGGAUUUCUAAAUAUUUACUACAGUUUUUCUACACAAGAUUCUUUAGGAAAUGGGUUUGCUAAAUAUUAUGAACUAAAAAAGUGUUGGAUUACCGUGAAAUGAACUUUUUUUUUCCUUAUUCUCAAUAUGUACGGUAGAGAGAGAGAGAGAGAGAGAGAGAGAGAGAGAGAGAGAGAGAGACAAGUGGAGCAAUUUUUCUAC